GUGAUGUGUCUCCCUGGGAGACAAAAGUGCUUCCAACACUGACACCUUGUGUGGUGGAGCUGCCAUUCAGAUUCCCAAGCAGCACAUGCUAAGUCUAUCUGUAAGUUCUAUCUGUAAGUUUCACAGAAAAGAGCAGCUGAGGGCAGAGGCAGAGAGAGGGGCUGUUCCCAGACAGGAGGAGGGAGAUGAUACAAUCUGCGUCUCGUCCUCUCUUCAGGCUUAGCCGGUACAGCACUGUCCCAGCAGGAGCCAGUGAUUCCCUGCAGCACAUGAUGGCCAAGGACUGGGCUGGUGGAACAGGAGGAGUGCUGGCCCCCCGGCACAUGAAGCCCACAAGCUGUGAAGCCACCACUUCUGAUGUCAAGUGUAUGACCCACAUCUGCAAUUGGCAGAUCUUUCACGCUGUAAAAGAAGGAAAUAUAAAGAAAUGCCAGCAUAUACUUGAGACAGAAAGCUGCGCUGUCCUGGAGUGUUACGAUGAAAAGGGGCACACCCCUGUACAUUGGGCUGCUCUUACAGGAUCUAUUGAACUGAUGGAGUUCUUUGUGGAUUGUAAAGGACCUGUGGAUACACCAAGCCAGGCUGAGUUGGGGCAGCGCCCCAUUCACUGGGCUGCUGUCAGUGGCUCUGUUGCUGUUGUAGACAUUCUUCUGAAAGCAGGUGUAUCACUGGAUGUAGAAGAUAAGAAGGGCUGCACUCCUUUAAUUACAGCGGCUCAGUAUGGACAAACAGCAUUGUGUUGCUUUCUAAUAGGAAAAGGCGCAAAGAUCAACUUGUGUGAUUCUGAGGGAGACAACGCCUUGCACUGGGCAGCAUUUAAGGGUCACUGUGAAUUGGCUCACCUACUUAUAUACUCUGGCUGCAAUCCACGGCAGACAGAUAAUUUUGGGCAGACCCCUUUGCACUUGGCUGUAUUAAGUGGAAAUCUUCCAACAGUCCAACUAUUAUGUGAACAAGAUAAUGUUGAUUUAGAAGGUGAAGACAACAACAGAAAUACCCCCUUGAAGCUGGCUAACGGACGAAAGUCCAGGGAAAUUGCCUCGUUUUUACAAAGCACAAUUGUGCAAUCAAAAAAGCUUCAUGCUAAAUUUAACUGGAGUACAUGGCUAUUUGGUCGCCCAGGUAAAUCAAAAGGACCCAUCUUAUUCUUUUAUGGAAAUUUAUUCCUUUGGGGAUAUCCCACUUAUUUCUUUAAGAUUGUGCCUGUUUCAUAUUAUGCUCUCUGGGAGCUGCAUAUUAUGUUCCUGCUGUGUAAUGCACUGAUGUGGGCUUUCUUCUUAAAAGCUUCCUAUAUGGACCCUGGUUUCCUUCCUCGGGAUACAGAAGACUAUAAAUACGCUGUUAAGCAGGCUGUACAUUUUAAUGAUUGGAAAGAUGGCAAAAACCCUUUGAGCAGACUGUGUCAUACUUGUCAUCUUGUGAAGCCACUACGUUCCAAGCACUGUCGCGUCACAAAUCGAUGUGUGUCCCACUUUGACCACUAUUGUCCUUACAUCUACAAUGAUGUUGGAAAGCAGAACAGAGCAUUCUUUGUAGGAUUCCUGGCCACCAUGUGCAUGUGCUGUUUCAUUGGAGUCUAUCUGUGUUGGGAUUGCUUCUACAUUGUUGGAAAUAGCAUCUUGAUUGGAAUGGGCUUCCUCUUUCUUUCUAUUAUUGGUACUAUUUCAGCUCUCAUGACUGUGAUGUGUCUUUACAUGGCUCUUGUAAACAUCACAACCAAUGAGAGGAUAAAUGUGAAAAAAUACACAUACCUGAAAGACGACAGGGGCCACUUUAGGAAUCCAUUUGAUCGCGGACUCUAUCUCAACUUCUUGGAAUUUAUUGACCUUGUGGCGCCUCUUUCUGAAGAUUACAUCCAAAAAAAACAUCUGAGAUUCGAUAUUUAAAAAAGGAGGAGUAUGAAAAUGAGGAACUUCGGACAUGAAUUUGUGGAAAACUAGACUUAUUUUUUGUAUAUGUUCUGUAUAUUUGUAAUAUGAAUUGAAAAAUACAUUAUUUUAUAAGGAAAUGGGUAUAAGGAAUGCUUAUUUUCCCUUUCUCUCUGAAGGUAAGUUCUGUCCAACUAGUGUUUUUUUUAUCUGCUAUUCUAUAUUCUUGGGUUCAACAAUAUGAUCUUGGAAACCCAGGACUGGACACAAAAAAUGUUGGAAGUCAUAAUCCAGUCAUAGAUUUCUUGCUUGACACAAUAUUAUCACCAAUUAUAGCUAAUAGUCUGACUCAGAUAUUAUGAACUUAAAUCACUGAUUAUUACAGCCAUGCCUUCUAUGGAGUACAACAUUCAGGAGCUGGAAUGUGGCAUUGCCUUAGCAAAGCCAAGGAAAGGAUGAUGGUUCCUAUUCAAAAGUGCAUGGCAUUAUCUUUAUUAUUAUCUCUAAUAAAUACAUUGCAUGUAUACA